GCUUGAAACCAUGUACCGUACACGUUGUUUGGCUCGUACAGGUGUGGUCAACGCCACACAGAAAUCACUCUCUGUGCGUUUUAAAAACAACUCUAAUGUCAUCAAAACAUAACCAACGAAACCUUGGUAGUGACUACAAGUUGAAAUCGUGACUAAUUCUUGCACCGCCCAGUGUACUUUUCUAUUAUUAUUAAUUGUUGGCAACAAUGGCCGAUUACGACCAGAGAAAAAGUCGAUCCCUCGCCGGCAAUCUAGGCAUACUCUUUUUCGUUAUAGCUUUCAUCCUAGUAACCGUCGCAUUUUCGACCCCCAGCUGGUUAGUGUCCGAUUACCGUAUCACGGGGGCUAAACUCGACCGCUUCGGGCUGUGGAUGCAUUGUUUCCGGUCGCUCCCCGACCCCUACGACUACAACCAGAAUCGCUUCUUCAGCGGUUGUCGGUGGCUGUAUGACCCCUUCACCACGGGGUAUGACAAGAUUCGGGGUUUCCUCAUUCCCGGCUUCAUGGUGGCCACCCAAUUCUUCUUUACGUUGUGUUUCAUAUCAGUUUUGAUUUGUGCCAUCUUGACCUUAUUGUAUUUCCUAUGUUGCGGCCCCGAUCAGAAGCAAUUCAUCACUUUGAUAAGGUUGAACGCGUUGAUUCUGCUCGGAGGGGGCGUCUGUGGAUGCAUCGCUGUUAUUAUUUUUGCUUGUACGGCCAAUACAAACGGGUGGAUGCCCGGACACGAUAAUAAUUUCUUUGGCUGGUCUUUCGUCCUGGGGUGCGUGGGGUCGGUGGCGUGUUUAGUCGCCGCCGCACUCUUUUUAACAGAUUUGUAUAUCCAGAGGAGGAAGAGGGAACAAUUAAUGGAAUCUCAGACGAGGUUUGAACUGCAGAGGGAGUCGAAAGCUUGACGAAAAUUCAAUCAUUCCGUCCAUGUGUACAAAUUUUUUGCUUUGCAUUGAUGCGUGUAUUUUUAGUUUUUAUGCAUUGGUAUUACUUAAUUUAAGUAAUUCCCGUGGUGUAGAGGUCAAGAAUUGAUCUUAAUUAUUUAGUCCGUCCAUUUUUAGGUAAUUUGUUGUUUUUUGACCAUUUUAUAACAUGACAUGUGAGAUUAUCAACGCAAAAACCUGCCUUACGGAAAAUCGCCUUUUUUAUAUCUAAUGUACUUUAUAACUAUAUUAAAGGUUAUAAUAAAAUAUUUUUUAUA